UAUUAGCUCACUCUCCUCCUGUCUGUCUGCAACAACUGAUAAUACCAUUAUUGUUUGCAAUAAAGAAAGAUAAACAAUGAAGAAUCCUCAUCUUUUUCGAUCACUCAUGACAGCUACUUAUUCCUCUAAUAAGAUUCGUCCGUUCGCAAGAUAUGUGCAAAACAUUUCUAAUGUUAGAUGGAACAGUACUAAUGUUGCUGUGGCUGAUGAUGUUGGAUAUAAGGGACAUGGUAUGUUGGCACCUUUCACAGCUGGAUGGCAGACUACCGAUUCAAAUCCUUUGGUGAUAGAGAAAUCAGAGGGGUCUUAUGUAUAUGAUGUAAAUGGAAAGAAGUAUCUUGAUGCUCUUGCGGGUUUGUGGUGCAAUCCUUUAGGUGGGAAUGAGGCUCGUCUUGUUGCCGCUGCAACCAAGCAGCUAAAUACUCUCCCUUUUUACCAUUCCUUUUGGAACCGUACUACAAAACCAUCUUUGGAUCUCGCAAAAGAACUUCUGGGAAUGUUCACAUCAAACAAAAUGGAAAAAGCCUUUUUCACAAACGGUGGGUCAGAUGCAAAUGAUACCCAGGUGAAGCUGGUCUGGUACUACAACAAUGCACUUGGAAGGCCAAAUAAGAAGAAAAUUAUAGCAAGGAUGAAAUCAUACCAUGGAUCUACUCUCGUAUCAGCUAGUCUUUCCGGCCUUCCAGCAUUACAUCAGAAAUUUGAUUUGCCAAGUCCAUUUGUAUUGCAUACCGAUUGCCCCCAUUAUUGGCGAUUUCAUCUUCCAGGUGAGACGGAAGAGGACUUUUCAACUAGACUGGCAACCAAUUUGGAAAACCUUAUCCUCAAAGAGGGACCAGAGAAUAUUGCUGCUUUUAUUGCGGAGCCAGUGAUGGGAGCAGGAGGAGUGAUACUUCCCCCAAAAACAUACUUUGAGAAGAUUCAAGCUAUCGUAAAAAAGUAUGACAUUUUGUUCAUUGCUGAUGAGGUAAUCUGUGGCUUUGGAAGGCUUGGGACCAUGUUUGGUUGUGACAAGUAUGAUAUUAAGCCUGAUCUUGUCACCAUUGCUAAGGCUCUUUCAUCGGCAUACAUGCCCAUUGGUGCUGUUCUUGUAAGCCCCAAGGUUGCAGAUGUCAUAUACACUCAAAGCAAUAAUCUUGGUUCAUUUUCUCAUGGAUUCACGUAUUCUGGGCACCCUGUAGCUUGUGCUGUUGCACUGGAAACACUCAAGAUCUACCAAGAAAGAAAUAUUCUUGAGCAAGUUAACAGUAUCUCCCCAAAGUUUCAAGAUGGUAUAAAAGCCUUUUCGUUGAGUCCCAUAAUUGGAGAGAUUCGGGGAACAGGGCUGAUUUCCGGGACAGAGUUUACAGAUAACAAGUCUCCACACAACUUGUUCCCACCUGAAUGGGGAAUUGGCGCAUACUUUGGAGCACAAUGUGAGAAGCAUGGGAUGCUGGUUCGUGUUGCUGGUGACAGUAUAAUGAUGUCUCCACCGUUCAUUAUGACAUCAAGUGAAGUUGAUGAGUUGAUAAGUAAAUAUGGGAAGGCGCUGAAGGACACUGAAACAAAGGUUGAGGAACUCAAAUCUCACAUGAAGUAGCCAUUGCUUGUGUUAGAUAUAUAUUGUAGUUAUUAUAUAGUUGUGUAUGUUAUAGAAGAAGGUUUCAUUUGUGUACCAUUAGUUACUUUAUGUAUGUAUCCUUAUUAGUCCAUGUGACCAUGUAUUGUAUCAACAAGACCUUGUUCUGUUACAGCUUGAAAAGGAAUUGUCACGGGCAAUUGCAGUUGUA